GAAAGCCUGGAUGGGGCGGGGCCAGAGCGCGGAGAUCGGAACCGAGCAAGGAUAAAGCUCCGGACUUUAAUACCCUGCGAGGCACCCGCAAGACAGAAAUCGGGGUUCCUGGAUGUCGGGGAGACAGGCAGGAGCUCCGGAGCCCCGUCGACUGAGUCGCGGACUCGUCGCUCUGGGAUUGGACAUAUGCACGGGGGAGACUCGGGUCCCGGCUCUCGGAAUCGGGGUGGGGGUGGGGUACCCGGUCUUGGUCUCUAGGUUCCGAUCGGCGGAUCCCUGACUCAACGCGGCCCCGGGCAGCCAUGGCCGAGGCGCGCCAGGCCGGGGGCUUCCCGCCGUCGUCGCUGAAGCCGCAGGAGCUGGGCGCGCCGGUCCUGCGGGACGUUUACCUGUCGGGUCUCCGCUCCUGGAGGAGGCAUCUCUCCCGGCUCUGGAAUGACAUCCUCACGGGAGUGUUCCCUGCCAGCCCCCUCAGCUGGCUCUUCCUCUUCACUGCAAUCCAGCUCGCCUGCUUCCUCCAGCUGGACCCCUCCCUGGGCCUCAUGGAGAAGAUCAAAGAGUCCUUGCCUAACUGGGGUGGACAGCAUCACCGGCUUCGGGGCGUCCUGGCCGCGGCGGUCUUUGCUUCCUGUCUCUGGGGCGCCUUAAUCCUCACGCUGCAUGUGGCGCUGCGGCUGCUUCUGUCCUACCACGGCUGGUUCCACGAGCCCCACGGAGCUAUGUCGACCACGACCAAGACCUGGCUAGCCCUGGUUCGCAUCUUCUCUGGCCGCCACCCGAUGCUCUUCAGUUACCAGCGCUCACUGCCGCGCCUGCCAGUACCCUCGCUGCAGGACACCGUGCGCCAGUACCUGGAGUCGGUGGAACCCCUCCUCUCCAAGGAGGACUUCGAGGAGACGACCGUCCUGGCGCAGAAAUUCCUGAGGCUGCAAGGGUCCUCACUGCAGCGCUAUUUGCGGUUCAAGUCGUGGUGGGCGUCCAAUUACGUCAGUGACUGGUGGGAAGAAUUUGUGUACCUGCGUUCCCGAAACUCAUUGAUGGUGAACAGCAACUAUUAUAUGAUGGACUUCCUGUAUGUGACCCCCACACCACUGCAGGCAGCUCGCGCCGGAAACGCGGUCCACGCUCUCCUCCUGUACCGCCACCACCUCAACCGCCAGGAGAUCCUGCCGACAUUGCUGUUGGGAAUGCGGCCUUUGUGCUCAGCGCAGUACGAGAAGAUAUUCAACACCACUCGCAUUCCCGGCAUCUAUAAAGACCACAUCCACCACCUAGAUGACAGUCGCCACGUGGCUGUCUUCCACCGAGGCCGCUUCUUCCGCGUGGGGACCCACUCUCCCAGCGGCCUGCUGUCCCCGCGGGCCCUGGAGCUGCAGUUCCAGCGGAUCCUGGAUGACCCCUCGCCCGCUUGUCCCCUCGAGGAACAUUUGGCUGCCCUUACGGCCGCCCCCAGGGACCAGUGGGCGCAGGCGCGGUGCAGCCUGAAGAGGCAGGCUCAGGAGACCUUGGAGACCGUGGAAGGGGCCGCGUUCUUUGUCUCGCUGGACUGUGAGCCCCGGGGGCUUAUGAAGGAGAACCCCGCAGCCUCCCUUGAUGCCUAUGCUCACGCCCUACUGGCCGGAAGGGGCUACGACCGCUGGUUUGACAAAUCCUUCACCCUCAUCGUCUUCUCCAACGGGAAGCUGGGGCUCAGCGUGGAACACUCGUGGGCGGACUGCCCUGUCUCAGGACACAUGUGGGAGUUCAUGCUGGCCACUGAGUGCUUUCAGCUGGGGUACUCGGCUGAUGGGCAUUGCAAAGGGUGCCCAGACUCCACGUUGCCCCAGCCCCAGCGGCUGCAUUGGGAUCUCCCAGACAAGAUUGACCUGUCCAUCUCUCUGGCCCUGAGGGGAGCCCAGAUCUUGGCUGAGGACAUCGACUGCCACGUCUUCCCCUUCUCCCACUUUGGCAAGGGCUUCAUCAAACACUGCCACCUGUCCUCCGACGGCUUUAUCCAGAUGGCCUUGCAGCUGGCCUACUUCCGGGACCGGGGCCGAUUCUGCCUGACGUAUGAGUCAGCAAUGACCCGCUUGUUCCUUGAAGGCCGGACAGAGACUGUGCGGUCUUGUACGAGAGAAUCUUGCAAUUUUGUGAGAGCCAUGGAGUCCCGGGAGAGGCUGGCCCCACAGUGCCUGGCCCUGUUCCGUCUGGCUGUGGACAAGCAUCAGGCUCUGCUGAAGGCGGCUAUGAUUGGACAGGGCGUCGACCGCCACCUCUUUGCCCUCUGCCUCGUGUCCCAGUUCCUCCACCUGCCGUCACCAUUCCUGGACCAGGUUCACUCGGAGCAGUGGCUUCUGGCCACCAGCCAGAUCCCUGUUCAGCAGACACAGCUGUUUGACGUCCACAACUUCCCCGACUACAUUUCCUCCGGGGGUGGAUUCGGGCCUGCUGAUGACCACGGCUAUGGCGUUUCUUACAUCUUCAUGGGGGAAGACGUGGUCACCUUUCACAUCUCUAGCAAGAAAUCAAGCACAAAAACGGACUCGCACCGCCUGGGCCAGCACAUCCAGGACGCUUUGCUGGACAUUGCUUCCUUGUUCCCAGAGAGACAGAGUCUCGUGCAAAGGGCCAGCGGGGCAGGGGAGAAGGAUUUGAGGCACAGAAUCAGGUAGAUGUGCCUCAGCGCUGAGUGACGUUCUGGAUUCCUUCUGUCUCCUGAGCCCUUUGCCCCGG